UAAUUUACUUCUCCUCCUAAAUCUCGCAUCAAUACUUCUCUGCUCUCUCAAGAAAAUUUUGCUUUUUUUUUUUCUCUUGAUUUGAUUCAUAAACCCUAGCUCUUAGAUUUUUUCCGAUCACCGAUAAUGGCGGACGCAGAAACCUUUGCUUUCCAAGCUGAGAUCAACCAGUUGCUCUCCCUCAUCAUCAAUACCUUUUACUCUAACAAGGAGAUCUUCCUUCGUGAACUCAUCAGUAACUCUUCUGAUGCUUUGGACAAGAUUAGGUUCGAGUCCUUAACAGACAAGAGCAAGCUCGAUGGUCAGCCUGAGCUCUUCAUUCACAUCAUUCCCGACAAGACUAACAACACCUUGACCAUUAUCGAUAGUGGGAUUGGGAUGACUAAGGCUGAUUUGGUCAACAACCUUGGAACUAUUGCGAGAUCUGGUACCAAGGAAUUCAUGGAGGCAUUGGCUGCUGGAGCUGAUGUUAGCAUGAUUGGUCACUUUGGUGGGUUCUACUCUGCUUACUUGGUUGCUGACAAGGUUGUUGUUACUACCAAGCACAAUGACGAUGAGCAGUAUGUGUGGGAGUCUCAGGCCGGUGGGUCUUUCACUGUGACCAGAGACACCUCUGGGGAGGCUCUUGGUAGAGGAACCAAAAUGGUCCUUUACCUCAAGGAAGACCAGUUGGAGUACCUUGAGGAGCGAAGGCUUAAGGAUUUGGUUAAGAAGCACUCUGAGUUCAUCAGCUACCCAAUCUCUCUCUGGAUUGAGAAGACCAUUGAGAAGGAGAUCUCUGAUGAUGAAGAGGAGGAAGAAAAGAAGGAUGAGGAAGGCAAGGUUGAGGAAGUAGAUGAGGAGAAAGAAAAGGAGGAGAAGAAAAAGAAGAAGAUUAAGGAGGUUUCUCAUGAGUGGGAUUUGGUGAACAAGCAGAAACCGAUUUGGAUGAGGAAGCCAGAGGAAAUCAACAAAGAAGAGUACGCUGCUUUCUACAAGAGUCUCAGCAAUGAUUGGGAGGAGCAUUUGGCUGUGAAGCAUUUCUCUGUUGAGGGGCAGCUUGAAUUCAAAGCUAUCCUCUUUGUUCCCAAGAGAGCUCCUUUUGAUCUCUUUGACACUAAGAAGAAGCCCAACAACAUCAAGCUAUAUGUCCGUCGUGUCUUCAUCAUGGACAACUGUGAAGACAUCAUUCCUGAGUACCUUGGAUUUGUCAAGGGUAUUGUUGACUCUGAAGAUCUUCCUCUCAAUAUCUCAAGAGAAACAUUGCAGCAGAACAAGAUCCUCAAGGUCAUCCGCAAGAACCUGGUGAAGAAGUGCCUUGAGCUCUUCUUUGAGAUUGCCGAGAACAAGGAGGACUACAACAAGUUCUACGAGGCUUUCUCGAAGAAUCUGAAGCUCGGUAUCCAUGAGGACUCUCAAAACAGAACCAAAAUCGCUGAGCUGCUCCGAUACCACUCAACCAAGAGCGGUGAUGAGUUGACUAGUCUCAAGGAUUACGUGACAAGGAUGAAGGAAGGUCAGAACGAUAUCUUCUACAUCACUGGUGAGAGCAAGAAGGCUGUUGAGAACUCUCCAUUCCUUGAGAGGCUCAAGAAGAAGGGGAUUGAAGUCCUCUACAUGGUUGACGCCAUUGAUGAGUAUGCUAUCGGUCAGCUGAAGGAAUUUGAGGGAAAGAAGCUUGUCUCUGCAACCAAGGAAGGUCUGAAGCUGGAAGAGACUGAAGACGAGAAGAAGAAGAAAGAAGAGCUCAAGGAGAAGUUUGAGGGACUCUGCAAAGUGAUCAAGGAUGUUUUGGGAGACAAAGUUGAGAAGGUUAUCGUUUCUGACCGUGUGGUGGAUUCCCCUUGCUGUCUUGUAACAGGCGAGUAUGGCUGGACUGCAAACAUGGAGAGGAUCAUGAAAGCUCAAGCCCUGAGAGACAGCAGCAUGGGUGGUUACAUGUCGAGCAAGAAGACAAUGGAGAUUAACCCUGAGAACUCGAUCAUGGAUGAGCUGAGAAAGAGAGCCGAAGCAGACAAGAAUGACAAGUCUGUGAAGGACCUUGUGCUUCUCCUCUUUGAGACCGCCCUUCUCACUUCUGGUUUCAGCCUCGAUGAGCCCAACACUUUCGGAAGCAGGAUUCACAGGAUGUUGAAGCUUGGAUUGAGCAUUGAUGACGAUGAUGCAGUGGAAGCUGAUGCUGAGAUGCCUCCCCUCGAAGAAGAUGCUGAUGCUGAAGGUAGCAAGAUGGAGGAAGUCGACUAAAUUAUCACACAAAGUCGAUUAAAUUAUUAGCGGUGUCAAGACUUUUUUUUCUUUUUAUCUUUUCGUUGAAACUAUUAUUUUGGUGAUAUCUUCGGGAAUUUUACUUCUAUGGUUUUAUUGUCGAAGAUUUUUCUCUGAACUCGGUGUUUUGACAAAAAUUCUAUUAUGCUCAAGAGAAUAGAAACUGUUUUUUGUCAA